CCCCUUUCCUUCCCCCUCCCCGGGCCCGGAUAAGGCGGGGGCGACCCCCUCCGCUGACCCUCUUCGUGAGGGCCCGGUCGCUCUGUGCCCUGCCUGCCCUCCCCGGGUGCCCCGAGCCUUCCCCCCCCCCGCGUCAAGGAGAGCAGCCUGCCGUCACCUUUCCCGUCCAGCAUCCUUCCUCCCGAGAUGCUGAGUGAAGAUAACGCUGUUCAUCUGAAAAAGGAGUUUUCUUCUUCUCUACCAUGCUCAAAGUCAGUUGUGCAUGAAGAUGAAAAGGCCAAGUGGGUUCUUAAAAGACAUGUUGUCCUAGUUGUGAUUGGCCUUUGCUUCAUUUACAUGGUCAAGAUAAGCUUCAGUUCUGAGGAAUGUGACAUGGCAAGAAUUCAUUAUGUAAAUCCAGAACAUGCAAAGAGAGCGCAGAAGUAUGCUGAACAGAUUCUGCAAGCCCCAUGUCGACCAUCUUUUACGAAGAAAGAGAUGAGCAGGUUAUUUUUAGACAAGUACAAUAUGAAUGCAUCUCCUUUUAUAAGAAAAGACGUAAAUACACAACAGGAUGUUUUCAAAUAUGAGCCACCCUUUGGAUUUAACAAGUUUUCAGAAAAACUUCAGGAACUGUUGGAACGUCUACCUGAGUAUGAUCUACCGGAAGACUUGCAGUCAAAACCGUGCAGGCGUUGCAUUGUUAUUGGGAGUGGCGGGGUACUUCGUGGGCUGGAGUUGGGCUAUGCCCUGAAUCAAUUUGAUAUUGUUAUAAGAUUAAAUAAUGCUCCUGUUCAGGGAUAUGCAGAUGAUGUUGGUAAUAAAACUACCAUAAGGAUGACCUAUCCAGAAGGUGCCCCUUUAUCUCAACAUGAAUAUUAUCCAAAUGGUUUAUUUGUUGCUGUUUUAUUUAAAAGUGUUGAUUUUGGUUGGAUUCAAGCAAUGGUGAAAAAUGAAACACUGCCACUCUGGAUGCGAUUGUUUUUUUGGAAGCAGGUGGCUGAGAAGAUACCUGUGAUGCCGAAACAGUUUCGCAUCUUGAACCCAAUAAUCAUUAAAGAGACUGCUUUGGAUAUUCUGGAGUAUCCUGAACCUCGACCAAAGUUCUGGGGAUGGGAUAAGAACGUGCCUACAAUUGGAGUGACCGCAGUUGUUCUGGCUACACAUUUAUGUGAUGAAGUGAGUUUAGCUGGGUUUGGAUAUAACCUUAAUCAACCAAACACACCACUGCAUUAUUAUGACAAUCUUUGCAUGGCUGCAAUGAAUGGACAAACAAUGCACAAUGUGACUACAGAAACAAAGUUUCUUCAGAAGCUGAUAAAGCAGGGUGUCGUGAGAGACCUCAGUGGGGGAAUACAUUGCGACUUCUGCAGUAAAACAAGCUUAUGAUUGGCACUCAUAUCACCAUGACUGUGUUCUGCAUGUUUCUUCUCUCUGGAGGAGAUCCUAUCAGUGUUUUCCAUCACACAGAACAACCUACAGAACUUCUAACCUCCAUUUUGAGGACAUUUGGUUGGUGACAGUUUGAAUUCUGUGGACAAAUGAGAUUAUGUUAAUUUAAUAUGUAUUUGAUGUUUGGAGAAAGAGCCAGAAUUUUGAUCUGUGUCUCCUAUCCUGAUGAAAGGAAAAUUUCUCAGAGUGAUGGUUUUCUCUCCUGCACAGCACUUCGAUAUUUCUCUCUCAUAAGAAUAUGGAGAAUGGAUUAUGUAAGUGGCAUUUGUGAGAAAUGUGAUCACUUGCAUACCCUUACUAUGUACCUCAUUUUCUUCAUGCAUGAACUUGUUGGCGAUAGAGCCAAAGGAUUACAGAUCAUUUUCACUAACAUGGUUGGAAGGUCCAACACCCACUCUCGAAAUAGAGGCUGUGGCCUUCAGUAAUAGGUCAGGCACAGUCAGGUAUUAAAUUCCAGGCCCGUCUUACUACGAGGAUGCUGGAUAACUCCUGUGAAACAAACUGUUGCUUAUGACUGGGGAAUUGCACAAUUGGAUGUACCCGAGAAGUGUGAAUGUGAUAGUAAGUUGCCUUUUUUUCAUUAGGAAUACAAAGGUAUCUAAUUCUUUUUUUUUUAAAUGAUCAAACUGAAAAAUGGUUUAAGUAGCUACUAUUGAUUCUGUUCUUUUUAAAGUAGUGUUACUACAUUGAAACACUUGUAAAAAUAUAUUUCCAAAACAAAUGGUGAACAUUA